UCUAUGGGUCUGAUUUGACAAUUGCCAAAUCAGCCAGGACUUCUCGUUUAUUGAAUAUCUUUUUAGUUCUGUAGAAAUACAACAUUUUUAUGAAUGAAUGCCUAAUUAAAGGGUAAUACUUCGCAUAUAUGGCCUACUUAUAGUCGUCGAAUGUACUCUUGAUCAGCGAUAUGUCGACAUACGAAGAGUUUAUUCAGAACAAUGAGGACAGGGAUGGCAUACGGUUCACCUGGAACGUGUGGCCAUCUAGCAGGAUUGAGGCAACAAGGCUUGUGGUACCUUUAGCCUGUCUGUAUCAGCCGCUAAAAGAACGCCCAGAUUUACCACCAAUACAGUAUGAACCUGUACUCUGUACACGUAAUACAUGUAGGGCUAUCUUAAAUCCAAUGUGCCAGGUUGAUUACAGAGCCAAAUUAUGGGUGUGCAACUUCUGUUUUCAAAGAAAUCCUUUUCCCCCACAAUAUGCUGCUAUCUCAGAACAGCAUCAACCAGCAGAACUCAUACCUAAUUUCUCGACUAUUGAGUAUACUAUAACUCGUGCCCAAACAAUGCCACCAAUCUUCCUGUUAGUAGUCGACACAUGUCUGGAUGAGGAAGAGCUAAGUGCAUUAAAAGAUUCUCUACAGACAUCACUGAGUCUGAUGCCACAGAAUGCACUAGUUGGUCUCAUUACUUUUGGUCGUAUGGUGCAAAUUCAUGAAUUAGGCACAGAAGGCAUAUCUAAAUGUUAUGUCUUUAAAGGAACAAAAGAUUUAUCUGCUAAACAGAUUCAAGAGCAAUUGGGUAUUGGUCGUGUUAACAUACCAAAUCCACAGCAGCAGCGUCCUGGAGCACCUCCGGCCCAGCCACCAGCUCACCGGUUCUUGCAGCCAGUGAAACAAUGUGAUAUGGCACUGACAGACUUGCUUGGAGAACUUGGUCGUGAUCCAUGGCCACUCGGUGUUGGGAAACGUCCUUUGCGAAGCAGCGGAGUGGCAUUAUCUCUAGCUGUUGGCUUAUUAGAAGUUACAUACCCUAAUACAGGCGCACGGAUUAUGCUGUUCUUGGGAGGGCCAUGCUCUCAAGGCCCUGGUCAGGUUGUGAAUGAUGAGUUGAAACAGCCUAUUCGAUCUCAUCAUGAUAUUCAUAAAGAUAAUGCUAAAUAUAUGAAAAAGGCAAUUAAGCAUUAUGAGGCUCUGUCUUUGAGGUCAGCUACGAAUGGGCACUCUAUCGAUAUCUACUCCUGUGCUCUAGACCAGACUGGUCUAAUGGAAAUGAAACAGUGUUGUAAUUCAACAGGUGGUCACAUGGUCAUGGGAGACUCAUUCAACUCAUCACUGUUCAAACAGACAUUCCAGAGAGUAUUUGCCAAGGACCAAAAGUCUGAAUACAAGAUGGCAUUCAAUGGAACACUAGAAGUUAAAUGCAGUCGAGAAUUGAAAAUCACUGGUGCCAUUGGUUCUUGCGUAUCUCUAAAUGUGAAAGGCCCGUGUGUAUCAGAUCAGGAAGUUGGUAUGGGCAAUACAUGCCAAUGGAAAAUGUGCACAUUCACACCAAGCACCACUAUGGGCAUAUUCUUUGAGGUGGUGAAUCAGCAUGCGGCGGUACCGCAGGGCGGUCGUGGCUGCGUGCAGCUCAUUACGCAGUACCAGCAUUCUAGCGGGCAACGCCGAGUCCGCGUCACCACAAUCGCGCGCAAUUGGGGCGAUGCAGCAGUGAACCUGCCCCAUAUAGCGGCCGGUUUUGAUCAGGAAGCGGCCGCUGUUGUUAUGGCGCGUCUGGUAGUCUACCGCGCUGAGCUGGAGGACGGACCCGACGUACUGCGCUGGCUCGAUAGGAUGCUAAUUAGACUGUGUCAAAAAUUCGGCGAGUAUGGCAAAGAUGACCCGAACAGCUUCCGUUUAUCAGAGAACUUCAGUUUGUACCCGCAGUUCAUGUAUCACCUUCGUCGCUCUCAGUUCCUACAAGUGUUUAACAACUCCCCAGACGAGACCACUUUCUACAGGCACAUGCUAAUGCGCGAGGACUUGACGCAAUCGUUGAUCAUGAUCCAGCCAAUCCUGUAUUCGUACAGUUUCGAGGGUCCACCGGAGCCGGUGUUACUUGACACCUCCUCUAUACAGCCAGACCGUAUCCUACUUAUGGAUACAUUCUUCCAGAUACUGAUCUAUCACGGAGAGACGAUAGCGCAGUGGCGUGCUCUCCGCUACCAAGAUAUGGCGGAGUAUGAGAGUUUUGCGCAGCUGCUUCGGGCGCCGAUAGAUGACGCACAGGAGAUCCUGCAAAGCCGAUUCCCAGUGCCGAGAUACAUCGACACAGAACAUGGAGGUUCACAGGCCCGAUUUUUGCUGUCGAAAGUGAAUCCGUCCCAGACGCACAACAACAUGUACGCGUAUGGCGGGGCGAUGCCGAUACCAUCAGCGGACGGUGGCGCCCCCGUGCUGACAGAUGACGUAUCGCUGCAAGUUUUUAUGGAGCAUCUGAAAAAGUUGGCGGUCUCUUCAACUGCAUAACAAUAUUAUACAAACAUCGUGUGUCAGCAGAACUGAUGUUUGCCCCUAAACAUAUUUAAAACUCAUUGGAAAUAUCUGUGCACCGAUUUGAAUUUGAACACGGAAUUGUUGGCAAUGAAUUUGUUUUUAAAAAAUGUCACGUUUUUCUUAUUCGAAGCCAACGCUGAGUGUGAAUAAGAUUGAGUAUAGUUAGUAGUUUCUCAGUUGAUUACGGUAUAAGCGAGAUAGUACACACGAAAUGGUCAUAUGAGUUCUAUUGUUUAUGAUUUUAUGUUCUGAGUUGCAGGUUGUAUAUUAGUGCAAGUUUACAUUGGGUCAAUUACCGACUCCAAACUCAUGCUAGGUCAGAAUUGACUCGAUACUGUUAACUGUACUGUUCAAAUUACUUGAAACUCUGUACCGUCAAUACAGACUCGAAAAUGAUGUUGAACAUUUACGGACUUACUGCGCUAGCGGUUCUGUCUAAACACUUAAGUAAGUCACUGGAGCCGCGUCGUAAUGAAAAUUUCAUUAGUAUAAUAGAUGCAACAAUUAAACAGUGAGAAUUUCGACAGUUUCUCAUUUUUUCUCUACAAGUAAAAAUAUAUUUAAUAUUAGAACUCUUUGUCUAACAACGUGUGUAUAUCUCGAGAAAUAACUAGAGUACUUACUCCAUGUAGCACUCAUUAGUGCCCUGCCAGCAUAUACUGAUAAUGCAGGCGGAGUUGCCGCCAUUAAGAACAGUACGUUAUUCGGUUUUCUGCGCAAACAUUAUCACCCAUAAUUGAUUCGUUUAUAAGUUUUUAAAUCCGCAAUGGGCUUCAUAAACGGUCAAGCAGUUUAAACAUGAAUAUAUUGUACUAUAUCUAUGAGUUAAAGUAAGACUGAGAAACUUCCGUUUAUGGAGUCCAUAAGAGCGGAUAAAUUCAUUAUGUGAACUUAUAAAUCUAGCUCAGAUACUUCCAAUGGGUAUCUAUAGGUUAUGACAAUUUGUUUUUUUUUUUACGACGAGUUUUCUAAGUUGCAUACCUAACUUAAGAUUAUUCGAGUUUUGCAAUAGGUAGUUUAUCUGUAUUUUAUAGUAAAAUGUUAUAUAAUUGGAAUGAAUAUAUUAUCAAACGGUUUUAAAUUUUAUUACAAUUACAAUGAAUGUAAGGCAGAUGUUAGAACUGCAGACAUUAUUUCCAUAGUCUUCUCAAUUUAAGUUAUAUUUUCUACAAAUGUAAAUUAAUUAAUGGCAUUAAAUGUAUAUGAAUUAAUUAAA